ACAUCCUGUCUCACCUCACCCGCAACCUAUCAUCAAUCAAUGCCUGACUGUCUCACCCCUGGCCCAAUCGCCACCAGUUUAUCACUUUAGCUUCUUUUACUGGCUAUUUUCAGCAAGUUUUUUUUUUUUGUUUCUGCAAUGGAAUUAGACGAGUUGUCAUCUGCCCAAGGAUCAAUAGUUAGGGUGGUAAUCAUUCAAUAUUAUACCAAGCAUAUCCUCUGUACCAAGUAUCAUAAGAAUGGAUUGGAUAUCAAUACACCCUUGAUAUCUGUUGUUAUUUUUAUUCGGUGGCAUCUUUCUCGAGAGUCUGGACCGUCCACUGCAGAAUACCCGCCUUGCCGCACUGCCAUGCCAUUCCUCGCUCGCAUACCUAGAGAACCUAAAUCAAGGAUCACGAACCACGGUCGGUGGCAAAUAUCUAAGUGCGCAAGGUAUGGCCCAUGUAUCAGGUAUCCUCUAGGCCGGUUGGGAAUCAUCCCAAUACCGGUGGAAGGAAAGAAUGGAACGCCUUCGAUUCCCAUCCAGCGUCCACGGAUGGACAAAGGAGUCCACCGUACGGAGGACACGGACAGACCAUUGUUGGACAGGCGGACUAAACCCGCCUAGUCUCACACUUGUCCGAUUUGAUCCAGUCGAUCGAAUGAUCCGAUCCACCUUCCGAAACACCGGAGUACUUUUGGGUCAUUCCAUUUCCUCCUCCAUUUCUAUCAUGGACUGGGUCCUGUAUUAAAUAGUAGCGAUCCUCUCGGGUCGGUUAUAGCCCCAGCGAUUGUUAAUACUCGAUGAUCACGGUGGUCCAGUGGACGUGGAAUCGAUUGACCGUCGUUUCAGGUUUCGUGAUUGAUCCACGAAAAAAUAGAGUACUCCUAGACAAACUUCAUCAGCGAGGGUAGUAUAGGGGGAGGGAUAUUUCGGAUAGAAUCUCUGCCCCCUG